GGUUUUUAAAAAUAGCUGUCAGAAUCCUCAGUUCCAGGGGAGGUGCGAUUCCUUUUUGAUUAUUGGAAAUGUAUGAUAAAAUUUUGAAAUGCUGUGGCGAAGAAUUGUGUGCUUGAAUAUAUGGAAAUAUUUUUACAAGGCAUAAUUUACCAGCUAAUGAUGAAAUGGUAUUCCCUCUUAUAACAAGGCAUUUACUUCUAUUGAUUUGGACAGAAAAUGUCUUGACAUCCAGUACUCUGGAUGACAUUUUACUGUCGAAAUUGAGGGAUCGUGGACUACUCGCUCUGGAAUACACAACGCUUCACCAUGAUUCUGACUUACUUCGGAAAAGAGAUAAAAGAGAGGCAAUAUCCACACACUCGCCAAAGCCAGUUCAAAUGGCCUUCACAUAUGCAUCGGAGAGGUAUAAACUGGAUCUUAGCACCCCGCAGCAAAUUUUACAUCCGUAUGCCGAAAUUCUGACUUGGAAAAAUGGAUCGACUCUACAGUGGAAAGACGCUCACCCAGACUGCUUUCUUACCGGAAUUGUGACGUCACAUCAGGGUAUAGCCAGCCUGUCUGUCUGUGAAAAUGUGGUCGGGAUUGUUAAAACUGAAAGGUUUACAUUGUAUCUAGAAUGCGAAUCAACUGACAACUUUACCCACGCCAUUGUUGGGCGUCAAGCAGAUGAUACAAUCUCUAUUUCUUUUGAGUCUCUAACAGAAAACUUGAUUGAACAUAAUAGUAGAAGCAGACGUUCGGUAUUAUCACAUAACAUAACGAUAGAGUUGGCGGUUUACACGGACGCUGCUUACACCCAGACCAUGCUGGUCACAGAAUUCUCUCAAAGACUUCAACACAUUUUACUCAAGUAUCACGCUGUUCAGAUGGAAUGGUCAAGAAGCGACAUGUUGGGAUUUAACGUACAACUGCUGUUGAAAAAAGUUCAGUUCUUUGAAACAAACCCGACAUGGUAUAAUUCGUCUACAUCUCGACUUGGUAACGUUCUCUACGAUUUCUGCUUAGGCACAUUAAACAGUGGAUCGUACGACAUUCGUUACAUGCAUGUUGGUUUGUUGGAUUUAGAUGUCACUGGUCGAGCAUACCAGAACUCUGUAUGUGACCAUAGAUACAGCUGUGGUGUAGACACUUCAACAGGGGCGGCCAGUUUCGCUGCUACUGCACACGAGAUCGGGCACCUAAUGGGGAUGUACCAUGACGCUGAUCGCGGAUGCAGCGGAAAUGACGUAGGCUUAAUGGGAGGAUAUGGCACUGGUUGGAGCAACUGCAGUAAAGAUGACAUGGCCAGUUUAUUAAAUUCAGCAAAUAAAGAGUGUUUAUGGAAAGAAAACGUUCCACUGGAUGAGGUCCCACAGAACAUAGUGAAUCAAAGUCUGGUUCCAGCCACACCAGGACAGAGGUACUCACCUGAUCAAGUCUGUGAACUGAAAUACGGUGUUGGUUAUCGUUUUCGUAAAUAUCCAAAACUUGGGGUCUGUGUUUUGUUCAGCUGUGCCAAUCAUAACCUUCUCCAAGUCAAUUAUGGUCAAAUGUUCAAAGAACAUACCUCUAUAUUUGGAAUGUAUUGUGCGAAAAAUAAGAUUUGUUUUAAAAUGGACUGUGUUGAUGCCUCAAGUGCCAAACUGAGCAGCCUGGUAGAGCGCCAGGGAGGGUGGAGUCAGUGGGGGGCCUGGACAGGGUGCAGCAGAACCUGUGCGCGGGGCGUCAACUACAGAAGACGGAAGUGCGACAACCCAGCUCCUAUUAACUUUGAGGGUUGUGAGGGAGAUGCGUACGAAGCAGUGAUUUGUAAUACAAAGCCUUGUCCCAAUGACAGUACUGACCAGACCAUUCUGAGGAACCAGCGCGCUGGAGAGACGUGUAAAAGACUGAGAGACAACAAUGUCAUCAAACCCGAUCUGUACAUGGAGACGGGGUCAAGGUACUCUCAUACAGCUGAUGGUCAGUGUGAAGUGACCUGUGACCCCACCCCUGGUCACACGAUUCCCUCGUUUACUAGAUUUGGGUUUAUGCCAGACGGAGUGGCCUGUGUUGGGGGAACAAGCACCUGGGAUUUAAACAACUGGCCUCGACAGACUGGAUCCUACUACAUGUGUUUAGACGGUCUCUGCCAGAGGUUUGGAUGUGAUGAUCGGCUGAAUGGAAAAGUUCUUGAUGAAUGUGGCGUAUGUGGGGGAGAUAACUCUAGCUGUACAGUUAUCUCUGGAACUGACAUAAAACAACAAAAUCAAGGUGAACGCCGAACUAUUGCCAUUUUACCUAAUGGAACCUUCAAUAUUCAGUUCUGGUUUUCAUAUAGAGACAUGAAACAAAACUUUUUAGAGUUAUAUAACAGAAAUGGAGAUGUCAUUCUCGCGAGCAGAAUACCAAGCUCCUGGAAGUGGGACACAAGAACCAACCCUGUUGAGUUCGCUAAUACAACGUGGUAUUACUUUUUCCAUGAUCAGUUUCUCAAUGCCAAAGGACCCCUGUCAGAGUCCUGUGAAAUAAAGUUGUAUCAACAUGAUGAAUUCAACAAUACUGGUGUUCAUUACGCCUAUUCGGAACCCCAAAUAGGUUUUUCUACCACAACACCACCAACAGAAUCGUCAACAGAUCUACAUGUAUCUACACUGGAAACAUCUACAAACAGACUUCUGACAACUGAUAUUACAGAUUUAAGUAGUGAAGACACAUCCACGUCCCCGGUGACCUCUGAAACUGUAUCACUGGAAACAACUGAGGGUACAACAGGCUUCAAUAGAACAUACACAUCCAGGACAACAUCCACUCCGUCUAUAGAGACUUCAACUCAAGAAACUACGUCUUCACCCACAACAGAAAGCGAAAAAGGUUCAAGUAUUACAAAACAUACUGUCACAACAGAUUCGGCAACAAAUACAACAGUAUCAGUAACGUCGUCCCACACAGAAAUAACGACAGACGACACAGGUUCAAGUAGUUCAGACCUAUCUACAAGAACACCCCUACCAUCAACAGUAACCUCGGCGGUCACAACAGAGGCUAAAUCAGAUUCAAGUAGUGCGUCUUCAAGUACAUCCACCACACCACUAAAGACUUCGACUGUGGGAACUACAACCUUAGACACGACCCCGGAUGAAUUCAGUGAAUUAAGAAUUAUCGGAAUUAUCACCGGAGGUGUUUCCAUAGUGUGUGUUGCUUUGAUUGCUAUUGCAAUAGGCUGCAAUCGCAAUGGUUCCUGGUGUAAACCGAAUGGGAAGCACCGGGAAAUCUACAGAGUGUCUGGGCAUUUUGAUGGAUCCUCCAAACCCCUGAGUCGGGAUUCCUAUAGAGAUUACAAUGAUAUUUAGUUCUACUUGAAACAAUUAUUGAACAAUAAAAAUAUAAAUAGAAUGUUUUUGAUAAAAUAUUUACAAGAAUAAUGUUACUUUUGUUUUUGUUUUGUAUUUGCAUUUUUCAUACAUUUAUAUUUUUCAAAUUAUUUUUUGUGAUUCUUGUGUACAAUUAUUUGUACAUUAACAUGUAGUAAAGUAGAUC